GCAGCGCAAAACAACCAAAGCAUGAUCAGAUUGAGCGGUGAAGUUGGUGGAUAUUCAGACUGGUACAGGACUGUGGAGUUGGUUGUGUGUGUGUGAUGGGGAGAUGACUUCAGCCAUCCUCUCAGCGAUAAAUAUCCUCACGAAGCCUCUGUGUGAGUCGUUCGUGCGCGAUGCUCAGUCCUCACACCAAGAGGCUCUGUUGGCAGCGCUGCGAGCCAACAGAGCCUCUCUCCUGGAGCGACUUCACAGUGACACCAGCUUUCAGGAGGUGAGGAGGCUGAGGGAGGAGGUGAUGGCGGCAGAGGGCUGGUUCUGCAGCGAUACAGAAGACGCCACAUGGGGCUUUGUCCAGGAGUGUCUCCUACUGCUCCUCACCUUAGCGCGACACCUCUCUGUUGAGCUUGAACUUUUCAAGCAGGCCCCUGCCCCCUGUGCAGCCAAACCACGCACCCCUGAGAUGGCUCCACCGUUACCCCCUGAUGUGCUCAGUGUCAGCCAGCAGAAGAUGCUUGGAGCUGCUCUUCAGUUUGUGGUUUCUCUGGGGCUCUGUCCCUACUUGGCCCCCGGAGUGGGUGUGCCACUCGCUAGCAGGUCAGCGUUCGGAGCCAUGGUGGAGAACCUUGUCUGUGGCGGGGCCGUGCCAGCAGUGGGACGCCGCCUUCUCACCACCACAAACGUCCUGUUGCAGUUGGCAGAGCUGUCAUCUCUCGCCACGCUGGUGUUCACCCGGCAUCUGGGCGAUGUGAUGGCAGCGCUGUGCCAGCUUGGCUACCAGCCACACCGGGCAGGGAGAAGCGGCACAGAGGAGGAGAAGACGUGGCAGCUCAGUGCAGAGGAAUGUCGAACUUGCAAGGAGGCCCUCAGAAGCCUUCUAGGAAAAGUCUACCAGCCAAUCGUCAUCAAAGAGCUGCUGAUUCUCCAAGGUGGACCCAAACAGUCAGGUGCAGUGGGAAGGUCCGGUGGUACCGGCUGCAGGGCAGCUCUCGGAUCAGCCCCGGCCUGGCUGAGGCGUCUCUGCGGUCAGCUGCUGUCUGAGCGCCUGAUGCAGCCUAACGGUGUCCAGGCUGUAGUCAGAGCCAUCCUGGGGGGAGGAACAGGGGAUGAGUCAGACUGGAGGAAAUGUGAAGGUGUGGCCCGGAUCCUGGUGACCUGCCCUCAACAAUCUGCCUCAGCAGACAACUACUACAGAGAAGUCUGCCCUCAGAUACUCGACCUCCUGCACUUUAAUGACAAGCUGACAGCCCAACAGUUCCAGCGUGUGGCCACCAGGGCAGCGCUCUCUAUGGUGCAGGAGAAGCCCACCUUUGCCCAGCAGUACCUGCUCACGCCUCUGCUCGCACCUCUCCUCCGCUGCACCACUGAUUCCAACAAAGGUCAUUCCCAAGCUGCUGUGGAGGAAUGGGAGCUGACGCGUUGUGUAGAGGACGUGUACAAGGUCUGGGUGGUUGGAAACAGUCCAUCAGCUCCUCUCCUUGAAGCUCUGGAACAAGUUCUUCCUGUUGUCUUCACACUCUUCUGUUUCACCAAGCAGAAUGUCUCCCACCUACGCGCCCCCUGUCAGGAGAUUUUGCUGUGGUACCUGAGCCACACUGAGACGCUGGCAGCCCUGUCAGCGCUGAGGCAGCUUUCAGGCCUGCAGGGACAGAAGAACAAGGCGGCAGCAGACCUCCACUUCAGCCCGGGCAGCGACGGAGGAGCCAGACUUUGCUCCAGAGAGAGCUGCAGUGAUGAGGACGAUGCUCUGUAUGAGAAGCUGUCGGGGGAGCAGUGGAGGCUGGAGUGUUUGAUGCAGCUGCUGGCUGAACUCAAAGACUGUGACCUGCCUGGAGACUUCUUCCUGGACCUGCUGCAGGAGCUGACCAGCUGGGCGGCUGCAGAAGAUGAAGAAAAGGAAGAUGAACAGGAGUUGGACGUGUCAGCCAUGACACUCCUGGAGGUGGAGCAGAAGCUGCUGGGUCGAGCUGCGCGGCAAGGCCAGAGACUCACUCUGCUUCAGGUGGUGGCUGUGAUGGUUGAGUCUCUGCAUCAUACGGUGCUGCUGAGAAAAAGCACACAGGUGGUGGACUUCAUGGUGUCCCUGCUUCAGAGGGCCUGUGUGGGUCUGAAUCAGGCCAAUGGUCCAAGGCUUGUGAACCCAGUAGAGAGUCAGACGCUGAGCAUGGGGAUGGGCCUGGUGGCCACUCUACUGUCUGGACCUCAGCUGAGUGCAGAGGACUACUCUUCUAUGUCGAGGCUGCUCCCACCACUCGAGACGCUGUCUCAAAUGCACUCUGAGGUGGUCAUCCAGGAGCUGGCGUCCAACCUCAGAGCUGUCAUUGCCACUCACGGUGCCUACUGGCAUGAAGACCUCGCUGCUGCUGCUCAGCCCUCCGGAAACCGUGCUUUUAGGGAAAAGCAAAAGAUGCAAACUGAAGCAAGCGACUCACAGACCACUCCUCAUUCAUCUCCCCCGGACAGUAAUUCUCCUAGCAACACCCAUGUUAGACACCCAGCGUCCUCUGAAGGGUCUGCAGCAGGAAUAGGUCCAAAAGGUACCAGUGACCCCUGCCCACCUACCAAAGCCUUUUCUGAUUGUCUAUUAGAGGCAUGUGACCCGGACGUGCCAACCAGAGCAGUCGCCCUGAGGGUCCUGACCCAGAUGGUACAAAAUAGAAAUCAGGAGGCUGUCCAGGCUCAGGAGAACGUUCUCAUGCUCUUCUUAGAAAACUUGGAGCAUGAAGACUCAUUCGUCUACCUGUCAGCCAUUCAAGGUCUGGCUGUAUUUGCUGAUUCCUACCCUGAAAUGAUUCUGGAAAGGCUCCUGAAAGACUUCCAACAUGGUCCCUCCCUACCUACGUCCAAGAAAAAGCACUCCCUGGAAACCCGCCUGAAAGUGGGAGAAGUCCUGAUGAGGGCGAGCAGAGCUAUGGGGGAACUGGCACCCCAUCUCGGACGUCCUUUGGUGGGCGUCUUCCUGCAAGGAACCAGAGACCCAGACCAAAGCGUCCGGGCCAGCAGUCUGUCUAACCUGGGGGAACUCUGUCAGAGACUGGACUACGCCUUAGGACCACUGGCUCAAGAGCUGAGCUCCUGCCUGACUGCUCUGAUCAAGACGGAGAAGGAGGCAGAAGUGAGGAGAGCUGCUGUCCACGUCAUCACCCUGCUGCUCCGCGGCCUCAGCGACCGAACCACCCAGGUUCUGUGUGAUGUUUUGCUGGACCUGUACCGAGCUCUGAAGUGGGUGGUUCGCUCAGACCCAGAUGAUGUUGCGGUGCUCCAUGCCCAGCUGACACUGGAGGAGCUUGACGACGUAAUGAGGAGGUUCAUCUUCCCUGAGCAGAAGCUGGAGAAGAAGAUUGUUGUCCUGCCAUAGAGAUCUGUUGGGGUCUGCAUAACCCCUUUGGAGUUACAGAGGACUUUAUUUUUACAAGUAUGUGCUCUGCGUAAAGAGAGUACUAGUGUUGCCUCCAUGUGAUGUGUUAAAUCCUGCCCACAUGCAUACCAGAUUUUUCCUUAAGAACAGAACAGUGAUCCCAAAAUAAUUGUGUUCUACUAAACCACCAACAAUAACAAUAAUAAACAAUAAAGAAAACGUUUGAAACAUAUUCUCAUGCAUCUUUAUAUUACAGAGGAUACAAAAUAUGUAGGCACUCUACUGUUCAUACUACCAUACAACCACUAUCUUACCCAAGAUGUGCUGCCAAAUUCAAACUGCUUGUAAGUGAUCAGCUAACAAAAGGGCUCCAUUGUCAUAACUAAAUAAUAAUUGCAAUUUAUGUCUUUUAAAAAAAGUUAUUUUGUCAGGAUUUCAAUAUUAAAUGUUAACUCUACUGAUUUUACUUGUGAAGGUCAUCUACAAGUCACUGCAACUACUUCUCAGCCUGUAGGAACAGUUGUAU